ACUGUCCUUAUACCACGGUUCACUAUGAAACCCGGAGAGGACACUGUACAGCACGUUGUUUGUGGUGGAGGUGUUGUGCCUAUGCAUCUGUACCCGUACCCGUUUAUACCCAGCAUUAUAAGUGCUGUGCCGGGUGGACCGACGACCGUGGAAACCAAAACUGCAACAUACCAAUCUGUUACAAUCAGUGUGCUAACGGUGGGACCUGCACGUCUCCAGGAAGAUGUACAUGCAGGCCCGGAUAUACUGGAGCGACAUGCACUGGAUUCGAUUGUAACCGUGAACGGCCCUGCUACCCUGGAGACUGUCAACGCAAUGAUUUGAGCGUGGUGUGCAACUGCAUGCGUGACUUCAGUAAUCAAUAUUGUAAACACCUGGAUGAUAACCAAACGCCGGAGGUCACACAGAUGAUGGCACAGUUUUCCUACUGGGGAUAUGACGGUGAUACAAAGAGAGAGAUCUUCGGAUUUAUAGCGGAUGCCACGGACAAGACAGAGGAGGUCGAAGUGUGGACAAACCGCCAACAACUCAACAAGCUGAACGUGACUGCUGGGGCUUUGUUUAAAGGCCAAGAUCUACCAUAUCCCCCUUCCUACAUCAGUGAUGCCAAGACGGGGAUUGCCAGAGCCUAUUUCAAGCUGAGUGGACCUACUUUAGGAUCUGAAGACGACGAGUUUCCAUGUGAUGAAGCCGUUGACCCCGAGAAUCCGAAGGAGAUGGUCCAAUGCUCUUUUACGAAAAAUGAUAUCUCCCGUUUGAAUGAGGGCGAGAGGUUAAAGUUGACCUUCCACGUUUCAAGUGGUGGCUAUCGAAGACUGACCGGAUCAAGAACUGCAGCCACGCAGCACUAUACCGGCACUCAGGCUACCAGCACUGUAUCUUUCCACCUUGACAUGAUUAAACCUGUGAACAACGACCCAAAUGAUGCCUUUCAGGUUCACCCAGAAUUCACAAAACAACCAAUCAACAUAAAAUGGGAUGGUUGGAGAGAUUUACAAUCUGGAUUGGACAAGUACACAUGGGAAGCCUUCAAACUUGAACCCAGUCCGGACGGAAGCUUGAUGGAAGUUGACAAGUUGAGACCUGUUGUUCACAGACAAGUUGACCACACCGAUCCAAUUUCCUAUCCUCUUCCCUAUGCCCCAGACAGACCAGGGAUGUAUUCCUUCGUCCUUGAAGCAGCCGACAAGGCCAAUAACUCUGUAUACAUGAGAAGGUUUGCUCUAUACGACAAGGAGUCAUCUGUUACGACUGAUCCAGACCAUGCCCUGUACAUAUCAUCAGCAGUGCAAGACCAUGGCUUCCAGUGGAUGACCGAUGCCUCCACGCCACUAGUCACCAACUGGCAAGAUCAUUUUCUGAACUACGUCCAUGAAAGUGGUAAAUUCCUGAACAGCAUCCUCCCCUUCCGUGUGAAGGUUGUAGAAGACCCACCAAUCUACAAGGAAGUACCUCAUACAAAUGAUGAUCAUUAUGGAAGAAGAACCAGAGAUGCUAUCCCCAAUGUACGGGGCAUUGUGAGGUUUGAGUGGACGCAUGCCGUCAACAAGAGUGGAGGCAGAGCGCUUCACACACCAGUAGAUUGGAAUGAGAUCUCCGGUCUGAACACAACAAACCAAACAACAGUUGCUGGUGUGACAAGCGGAACCACCGUUACUGUGUGGGUAAGAGCCUGGGACAUCCUUGGCAACAGGAAAGUCGACUCGACAAGUGUAACCUACGACUUCACCGAACCACAGUUCACUUUGAUGGCAUUCCACAAAAUGAAAAAUCCAACAUUCCCUUCAGUUCCGGGUAAGAAAAAGAGAUUUUUAAGGGUGACCGCACAAGAUGCAGAGAGUGGACUCGACUAUCUUGAGGUCAAGGUCUUCAGUAAAGAAGAUGGCAGCCUUCUGAGAACAAACAAUGUAUCCAUUCCAUCUAUCCACCCGCUUUACUGCACAGACAGGGUACACGACUGCUACUGCCCCAACGCCCUGAACGUGUGUUACAAACGGAUCAACAAAGUCUACAUCAGCAACUGCUGGCUGAUGGUGGCCAAGAACGCCCUAGCGACUGCCCAGGUUCGGCUGCAGGUGCGCGUUGUCAACAGGGCGGGGCUGAAGACCUCCACGCACGAGGAACAGGUGGUAACGAAGCUGUUGGAACUAAACGGCACCACGACCUACCUACCACCCUCAAACCUGAGAACCAAACGAUUGUCUUCAACAUCUAUCCGUGUUAUGUGGGACCACGCCCCUGCUUGCCACGAACGCACAGUUAUACUGGUCAGCUACCAGUCGGAUUCAGGGCCAGUCCAUGAGGUCUCCGUGCCCAAAGAUGACACAUCAUAUGACCUCACUGGCCUUGACCCCGACAAAAAAUACAAGGUUAUGGUGUCAGCGGGCUACGGGGCACAACGCAGUGAAGACAACGUGAAUGUCGUCGCGAAAUCGGCGGACGACAGGGCUACUGAAACUCUUGGCGCGGGGGCUGUAGCUGGAAUCGUCAUAGUAAUCCUGAUAGUGGUGGCAGUUGCUGGAGUCGGAUUCUUCUUGUGGAGGACUGGAAGAAUGCAGAAACUGAUCAGAGGACGCCAGAAGAGAUAUGGUGAACCUGAGGCUUUCGUGACAGGAACGACGACCAAUAACAUUCGCCCUCCCAAGAACACAGCGUGUUACGACAACAUGAUGUACACACCCGAAGAUGACAUCUACCUCUACGGCGGCAUGAGCUUCACGACGAACCAGCCAGGGUACAUGUCGAAAGAUCAGCUGUCACUACUGGAGGAGAUUCAAACUGGAAGAUUGCACGAAUUUUCAAGGCUUCUUACAAGACUGGCAAAAGACACAGGUUGGCAAAAAGUCCUUACAGGCACGCCUGACGAGGAAAGUAGUUUGCUGAUGAUGGCCAAGAUCAACUUCGCUGCCACAAAGGUCGGGGAACAUCGCAACGUGCUGAAAUUCAUCGGAGCAGUCGUUGAUAAUGAUGCGUUGGGGCCGGUGUUGGUGUUGGAGUACUGUGAAAAUGGACCGCUGGACAAGUGGCUGACCUCUCGACGGGACAAAGUGAAUCUUGAAGUUCUGGAGCAGAUUCAGACAUUUGCCUUAGGCAUUGCUCGGGGCAUGGCGUAUCUCGUGGGUAAAGAGAUUGUCCAUCGCAAACUGGCUGCUCGCAACUGCCUCUUGACCAGCACAAAUGAGGUGAUGGUCAGUGGAUUCGGACCUAGUCGCAUGGAGGACGCCAGUGCGGAUGAUGCCUCCAAAGGGCAGAAGCUGUACUUUGUGACACGGCGCCCGGCGCCCAGGCAAAUCAGAAUGGAGACCAACGAUAAGUCUCGGCUCAGAUCGAAUCCUGUGAAGUGGACGGCGCCAGAAUGUCUCCAGUCUCUGAAUGACGCCACUGAGAAGAGUGACAUCUGGUCCUUUGGGAUCACUAUGUGGGAGAUCCUCAGCAUGGGCAAGAUCCCUUACGGUGAAAUGAGGAGCCGAGACCUGCCGACCCAGCUUAUGAAUGGUUACAGACUCUCGAAGCCGGAAUACGCUGAAGACGUCCAUUACACUCUGAUGCAAAGCUGCUGGAAAGAGAGACCAGAGGCCCGGACUACUUUCGCGGAUGCAGUGGGGAAACUGGAGGCCUCAUUCGGUCUGAGACCCACUUCCGGAAUGAUGUAUUACUACUCGAAAUAGUCGACCUCUUUGGCAGCGUGUCGACAGUGUUCUGUUCGCAACCAAUGCUUGUAUCCAUUCGGAGAACAGACUGAUCUUUUCUAAGUUUUCAUAUUUCCAAAAUAUAUUAGUAAUUAGAAUAUUAUUACUUUUAUUUUAUCUAGAGUAACUUGGUGUGAUUUCCGUUUCAUUCUGUUUAUUUUUGUUCCUCAUUUGAAAACAGGAACCCAUAUGUUUAGCCAAAAUGUCCUAAACACAAAGACGCAAGAUUAAAUGAUACAACAAUAUUUGUCAUAAAGAUAUUGCAAAAUGUUCGUUUUCUCUUAUCCACCAUUUUUAUACUGAUUUGUCCCAAUUCCCUUUAAUAUAACAAACUGUUUAAAUAUUAACGCCUGUAUUAUGUUUCUUUUUAAAACAAUAUGUAUCACCUUUGCACAUACACACCAUCAUUACUAGAUAGAAAUGUAACUUAUCUCCCUUUUCCGUGUCAGGAUCUGAUCGUGGGUUCCAUUCUCCAUGACCUACUUUACUAAGCUCUUUUCUCAAAGCUUAACUACCGAACUGAAAUUCUGUUCAAAGCACCCUAAUAUAAAUCACCUGCUUGGUAUAAUUAAUUUCCAGUAACACCAUCACACGUAUCUGUACCUUAAUUCUGCGUACUUAAUAUUUCUGUAUUGCUUGUGUUACUCAUAAUUCAAUAUACAGGUAAAGUCUCUGGAACGUGUCAAUACUUAUCAUCGUUAACGUGUUAUAAAACAUGUCCGCUACGUUAGCCAUAUUGAAUAGCCGUUCUGGCAAAAUGUAUUGUCAUUUAUUUAAAAUUAUCAAGUGUAGGUCUGUCGAUAUGUGUAAUGUCAAUAGCGUUUUAAUGGCAAUUAGGUUUUGGCGUCUCCGGAAAGCACGAUGAAUUUAGUUUAAUCAGAUUUGCUCACAGAAGUCCCCUUUGCCAUAUUUCAUAACAAUAAUUUGUAUUUCUCGUUUACCGUGACAGACUGAUCCAGGUUUUUAAUGUAUGAAUAUUUAUAGCACUUGUAUCAUAUUGGGUUUUUUAUCUAUGGUUUAUUGUUUAUCUCGACUGUACUGACACAACCAAACUUUUAGUACAGUCAUACGUCAUCUCACGCCUAGACUACUGUAACUUCCUCGUGUCAGGAGCAGCAGCAAUCCAACAUCUCCAGCUUGUACAAAACAGAGCUGCCAGGAUCAUAACCAGGACAAAAUGUCAGGAACACAUCACCCUGUGCUGAGGUCGUUGCACUGGCUCCCAGUAAAGAGGAGAAUACAGUACAAAAUAAUUUGCAUCACCUACUCAACCCUCUAUGACAUCAAUGCACCAGCUUACCUCAAAGACAUCAUCGAAAUCUAUCGUCCAACUCGUGUCUUGAGGUCUGAGGAAAGCGGCACCCUGAAAAUGCCAGCUACAAAAACAUCCAUGGGAGACAGAGCUUUGUGGAACUCUCUGCCAGUUGAACUGAGAUCAGUAUCUUCCCUGGAAGCAUUUAGGAGCCAACUAAAAACUCAUCUCUUUCUAGCUACCUACUAGUUUCUCCACUUUCUCUGCACAGCGCCACUGAGCAGCACUGGUUGGACAUUAGGCGCUUAAACAAAUGCAUUAUUAUUGUUAUUAUUAUUAUUAUUACCUCGUGUAACGAAAAAACAUGCUUAGUAACUAACCAUUCAGUGUAGUGCAUUUGAUUUGUAGUCGUUAGUUAAAUAUAAAGAUGACAUCAUCGAUCUGUCCUUCAGUCCAUUUACCUUUGUCCCUCUAUGUCUGUUUAGGCUCGGUGGGGUAGCCUGGUGGUAAAAGGGUUUGCUCGUCACGCCGAAGACCCAGGUUCGGUUCCCCAUGUACAAUGUGUGAAGCCCAUCUCUGGUGUCCCCAGCCGUGACAUUGCUUGAAUAUUGCUAAACGCGGCCUAAAACUAAACUCACUAUGUCGGUCCGUAUUUUUUUUUUAUGUAUUCUUUAUGAAGUGUGAUCAACGAAAACAGAAUGACUUGCCUUUUUUUAUAUUUUUGAUUUUGUGUUGUCCCCAUCUGAAUAAAGAUCGCUAGUCUGUCCUUCCGUCUGUACUUCUGUCUCUCAGUCAGUGUUUAUCGUUGAAUACAAAAUGUGUUACAAAAGUGGUUAUCUUGGAGUUUUUUCAACACAUUCAACGCAAUGUAUUGUAUUUUGUGUCGUACAUAGUUGAAUAAAGAUGUCAUCA